AUGAUCAUUGCAACAGAUGCCGAAAAGGAAGACUUGAUACAACGGGAGAUCUUACCUUCUGGUUCCCGAUCUCGCCAGAUUGCUAUUGUCACAGCGAGAUCUAUGUUUCGGCACUUCGGGAGCCAGGUUAUUGUCAGUGGUAUGCGUGUGAGAGACGACUAUUGGGAGAAUAAAGCCAGAAAGCAAGGCUUCACCGAAAACGAUCCAGCGUGGCAGAAGACACCCGGAGUCGGAUGGGGCAACCGAUUACAACGGCUUGUGGGGGCUCAGAGAGUGGGAAGCCGUGUUACAAUAGGAAGCCCCAAACGCCGAACUACAUAUCAGAACCAAAGCCUGGGUUCAGAAAACCCCACAGUGUUUAAAUUAAUUGCCAGACAGCCUCUUUCCAAUCUAACUGAACUUGGUAAAGGCUCGGAACGACCAGUCACAGCUUUGAAUUCCUAUACGGACAUACCACGUGAGGUAAAUGGCCUUGACCGGGACUUGAAUACCAGAGACGUCUCGUCAGGUAUGGUGGACAGUGAUCAAUGGAGCAUGGCUCCAAGGGGUAUUGCAAGAGGUACCCUGACGGCUCUUCCAGACUUUCCUGGGCUCAAGCUUCCAGAAAGUCGUUCUGAGAUUGAACAAUGGCAAAGUCGGAUAGAGCAAAGUAGGGAGCUGGUCAGAAAGUAUGACGCGAAGACUAUUUUUCCCCGUGAACUCACUAUCCAUGAUGCAUAUACCGAACUUCAAACCAAUUCGAUGCAAUCUGGGAUGUCAGGGUUGUCGAUUGACGAAAGUGAAAGUCAAACAGCUUCUUCCAACUCUGAUAUUUGCCCGCCACUGUUACCUUUAUCUGCCGAGAGACGUACGCCGUGCGAAUCAGAUGAAGCGACUGAAUAUAGCACGGACGAAAUGAGCGACAGUUUCUAUAGUUCAGAGCAGUCGUCAACCCCGCAAACCAAGCUUCCAGACAAGUUUCUCGGACCUGUCCUAUCAUUAGUGAAACAGGGAAUUGUCGAUCGCUUGAUGAAGACGUUUUUGGCCGUAUUCAACCAUCACAUCGACACAGAUAGAGAGAUUCAUGAUUUUGGAGCUGCUCAGGACCAAGCGAAGGAUAAAGAGCAAUCCGGGAGGAGAGACACUGGCAGUUCUUCUUCUCCUAGCGAAUCGAGUUCGGAGGUCAGGAAAGGCAAGCAGAAGAGGAAGAGUAACGAUGGGGAUGACGAUAAAGGAGACAAUGGAAAACGUCAAUCCAAGAGGUCAAAAGGCUUCCUCUCACCUCCAGACGAUACAACUGAUAGGCUGAAAUUCGCGUGCCCGUAUCGCAAAAACCAGCCACACAAAUAUAAAAGUAGACACAGGCAAUGGCGAUCAUGUGCUUUGACACCACUUGAAAACGUAGCCAGGGUGAAGGGACACUUGUACAGGCACCAUAUGAUAUACCCCUGUCAAAGGUGCAAAGAGGUCUUUGAAAGCCAAGAGGCAGUGGGGCUACAUCUCACAAGAGUACAAGGCUGCGACCUUCAAGAUGUGCAGAUUGGCGAUGGUGUUACUAAUGAGAUCGUGGAACAGCUGAAGAGUAAGAAGAAGAGUCAUCGAGGAGAAACCGGGCAGCAAUCGAAGAGGUCGUGA